GACGUCGCGGAGUUCACAGACAGAACUGCAAGCGCCGGGAGCGCGGGAGGGAGUGUUGGUCCCUCUGGGUUUGGACGCUUCGCUACCUGCUCACCUGGCCGCGGGUGCAUCCCGGCAGCUACAGCCCGGAGUGGGUGUUCCCCGCCGCAGCCGCAAUGGUGUCCCCGGUCACUGUGGUGAAAAGUGAAGGACCUAAACUGGUACCCUUCUUCAAGGCCACUUGCGUGUAUUUUGUGCUCUGGCUGCCCUCCUCCAGCCCGUCCUGGGUCAGCGCCCUCAUCAAGUGCCUGCCCAUCUUCUGCCUGUGGCUCUUCCUGCUGGCGCAUGGCCUUGGAUUCCUGCAGGCCCACCCCAGCGCUGCCCGCAUCUUUGUGGGGCUUGUCUUUUCUGCUGUAGGGGAUGCCUUCCUCAUCUGGCAGGACCAGGGCUACUUUGUGCAUGGUAUGCUGAUGUUUGCUGUGACACACAUGCUCUACGCUUCAGCCUUUGGCAUGCGGCCACUGGCUCUCCGGACUGGUCUGGUGAUGGGAUUGUUGUCCGGCCUGUGCUAUGCCCUCCUCUACCCCGGCCUCUCAGGUGCCUUUAUCUACCUGGUGGGCAUCUAUGCGGCCCUCAUCAGCUUCAUGGGCUGGAGAGCCAUGGCAGGGCUGCGGCUGGUCGGGGCAGCGUGGCGCUGGACGGAGCUGGCAGCUGGCAGUGGUGCACUGCUCUUUAUGAUCUCAGACCUGACCAUCGGGCUCAACAAGUUCUGCUUUCCUGUGCCCUACUCUCGAGCACUCAUCAUGUCCACCUACUACGCUGCUCAGAUGCUCAUCGCCCUGUCUGCCGUUGAGAGCCGGGAGCCAGUGGCGGACUGUAGACUGAGAAAGGCCGACUGAGAGGCCUGUUCUGUGCAUCUCUGUCUCCUGGGGUUGAGGUCCAGGUCCUGGGAACCUACAGGAACUGGCUUAGGACGGCUGCAGAGCAGCCUGGAGCAGCAGGUACUGCCUGGGUUAAUUGUCGAGUUUGAGGGGGUAAGCAGAAGGACCUCGCUAGCAAACCUGGUGGUCCAGCACAACACUGCCAGCUCAGUCAGCCAAACAUAGACCUCUCCCACCUCUACCCCAUUAUGACUGUCAGAUACCCCCCACCCCAGGAUUAUGGUGCUUACUUUGACCCUGUUCCCUGCUAGGUGGAAGAGUGGUUGUAUUUCUUAUGCCUAGGACCAAGGUAGCGCUGGACUUACCCACUCUCACCCUUUCUGAUUUGCAUAAAGUUGCAGGAAAGAGGGGAAAAGAUCUCUGCCGAGGACCCAGGGCCAGGGCUUAAAGGACUUUCACUGGCCCUUAGUUGGGAAGAUUGGAUGAGGGUGGAGUCCCCUUUCCCCUUGUGUAUCCUUAUUACUUGAAUAAUCUUUACGUGGUGAGUGUGAAAGGGAAGGGAUGUCUGUCCGGGUGGCAGGACAGGGAAAUUCCUGGGUUGGAGAGCUUGUGUAUACCAAGGACUCAGUUGGCCCUGUGUCUUUCACAGGCCAACCCAGAGUUCAGGCCCCCUAAAAUUACCCUUAGAUCCUGUUUCCAGAGCUAGGGUGACCCAUGCCAAAGGAAGGGGUGGUCUGUGUGCGUGUGUGUGUGUGUGUGGUCUAUCUUCUGACCUGUGUUUCCCUGCUGUAUGUCUCUGUCCUACUGUCCGUAAAUGUCUCAUAGGGAGAGGGCCUCAGGGAGCUGCUGAGGGUUGUGGAGCCUGGCUCAGAGCCAGGCUCCCCACCUUGCAACCCAUCCUCAGAGUUUUCCUCCCUGCCCCUCCUGCACUGGGAGCAAGAGGAAGGGGCUCCUAAUGACACUCUAGGGUCUUAAAACUCAAGGCACAUUCAAUGCAAGGGGAGUAAGGAUGGAGCAAUCCGUCCUUUACUGCCCACUCAUGCGAAAUAAAAAAUAAAAACUAAGAGCCAUUGGCUCGCCCACUUGUCUGGCUGUGUGGCACGUGCCUGUCCUGGAGAGGAGGUGGGGGCAUAGUGCCAGGGGCCCUGGCUGUCCUCAGAGUCUGGGUCACAGUCUUGGGACAGGCAUCUUGGCGUCAGGCUGGUUCCUUGGCUCUGCAGGUUGGAAUGGAUCUCACUUCCGUGGUCACGUGUGUGUGCAUGAGGAUGUGUUUCAGGAGGGUGGGGGAUGGGUAGCACUUGCGUUUGUCUGCCUUUUUUGUUGAUGCACUCAUGUUUGUGCAUCAUAUCUUAUCCCAGUGUCCUCCUCUUGCCCUUAUUACCCAGUGUCCUCCUCUGGCCCUUAUUACCCAGUGUCCUCCUCUGGCCCUUAUUACCCAAUGUUCUCCUCUUGCCCUUAUUACCCAGUGUCCUCCUCUGGCUCUUAUUAACCAGUGUCCUCCUCUGGCCCUUAUUACCCAGUGUCCUCCUCUUGCCGGCCUCCCACCCCCUCCCACUCCAUCCCUGCUGUCUGCUGUAGAACAUCGGGUUUCUUUUUAAGCAUCUCCUUCUACUUGGACUCUGAGGUGUGGGAUUAGAUUGGCUGAUUCAUACUCUAGCCCUGACAGAAUAAUGCCUCACCUGACUCUGGGAGCAUUUGCAUUUUAACAGGAAGGUGACUACAGCAUGGGUAGAGUUGUUGCACAUUUGUAGGGGUACCAUAGAGGAAGACUUAUAUCCCAUGGGCUUGCGUGGAUCCAUUUUCUCUCUUUUUUUGUUUUCUGAGACAGGGGCUCACUAUGGAAUUUAGGGUGGCCUUGCACUCACCGUGUAGCCUAGGCUGGCCUCAAACUCCUGCUGAUCCUCCUACCUCAGCCUGCCAAGUCCUGGGAUUUUAGGUGUGAGCCACUAUGCCUGGUUAAAUCCAUGAGUUUGCAAACUAGAGUUUUCCCCUUUGUUUCCUUUCCCUUUCCCUCCUUUCUGCGCUCUCUGUGUCCCCUUCUUUGUCCCAUUCCUCUCUCCCCUCCCUACUUCUACCUCCCUUUUUUCUUCCUUCUCCUGCCUCUGAGGAUCCGACUCCUGUCUUGCACAUGCUCGGUGUGCACUGUGCCACAGAGCCACACUCCUAGCUCCAAACUAGGGUUUUUACAGAUUCCUAGUGGAGAAGAGGAGGACUCAAAGGCUCUUCUUUGUUGUUGAUGUUUUGAGACAGAGUCUCACUGUGUAGUUCAGGUUGGCCUUGAGCUCACUGUGAUCCUCCUACCUUCAGCCUCCUGGGUGCUCGGAUUAUCGGCAUGAGCCACCAUGCCCUGACAAGACUGUCUAUUCUUAUUUUAAAUCUGUAGCUAAGAAUUGUUUCUCUUCAGGAAGCAUUCCACCGUGAAAGAUGUUUGAAACUCAGUGGACUGGAUGACUGGUCCCUUCUAGCUAUGAUAUUAGGAUUGCUGGGAACUGAUGAGGCAAAAUCCUAAUCCUUUCAAACACUGGAAUGCUCAACAGAGACCAGCCUGGUGUGAAGAAGCAUGAGGAAGGAGGACAGGGAGGAAGAUGAAGCUGGCAGGAGUUGCCCCCACCUGGAGGCUGUGGAGGAGGAAAAGCCAAGUCAAGGCCCAGGCACCUGGCUAGAUGCUCUAUUGUGCAUGGAUUUGCAGCCUGGUCUCUCACAAGCUCUGCCCACCCACCUGGUUGGGAAGGGUGAGCUCAGUGAGUUUAUUGUCCCAUCCCUGCACAGAAUGUUUACACUGGUGUGACCAGAGGGCAAAAUGGGUUCCAUGUUGGGAACAGGCCCAAAAGCCCCUAUCAUGGCAGCCUCCCGGAGCUCUCAUAAGGUGCUUGGAUUUCUUUGUAGGCUCUAUGAUGGAUGCCGAUUGUCUUGUCAUCUUUGUCUGAAAGACUAAAGCAAAUGUUCAUUCAUGAACAUUGCUGGGGAAUGGGUAAACUCCUAACUGCUGGACUUCAGAGUUAUGACACAGGACCUGGGGCUGAGCCUUGGGACCCUCAAUCCUAGGUUGGCUGAGUUUAUGUGGUCAAAAGCUACCCUGGUUCAGCACCUGACAUGGUGCACUGUGCCAGGCACUUCCCUGCUCCAUCUCAUUCUAAUCUCACAGCCCCAGGAGGUGAGAAAACAGGCUCUUCAGAAAGUAGUUUUCCAAGGGCACAUGGCUGGUCAGUAAUGGUGUCAGGCCCUGUGCCCACGUGCUUACAACCCAGAGUGAAGUCCUCAGGAUCUCCAGCUAAGCAAUGAGUGCUGGACACCUCUCCCAGUGCCCUUGCCAGUUUGGCAGUUUGGCAGCCACUCUGCAGGCUUUGUCAUCUCAGUGCUAGACACUUAGUUGAGCACUUGAGAGACAGCAAAAGAACAUGAUUCUUUCUCCAAGGAAAGGCAACUAUAACUGAUGGACAAAGUCUAUAACCAUGGAGACCAAAACAAUGUGACAUAAUGAGGCUGGAGAGAUGGGGAGUGGGAACCUUGGUUAAGAUUUUACCAUGAGGAUCGGGAGAGCUGGGUGGGAGGUGAGAAGGAGCAAAGCAGGUCAAGUUUAUUUGGUUCAUGUUGCUAGCUGUGCAGCUAAGGAGACAGUAGACUCUGUGAGAAGGAAUAACUGUCUCCCCCAUCUGUUCACAAACAUGAGCAUAAGCAAGUCAUAUGUGCCUGAGAGGGAGGUUCUGCAGUCUUCGCUGUUUGUGUUUCCCAUUUGUGCUCAUCCUAGACCAGUUGGUUUUCAAUCUUGAUUGCCCAUCACUGUGAUUUGCAAAAUUUUACAAACAUCCAGGUUAGGGUUAGAUUGAGGGUUUCAAAACCUGCCAGAGAACUUGUGAUUUUGUGUUUGGUUUAGAAGUGAUGGGCAGGAUCUUUUCUUUUUGAGACAGGCUCUCACUAUGUAGUUCAGGCUGGUCUUAAACUCACUAUGUAUCUCAGGCUGGCCUCAAACUCCCAAGGGCUGGGACCACAGGCAUGCACCACCAUGCCUGAUUGUAUCUUUUCUAAAGGUGACCUAACUCCACUGUGGGUUGCUAACCACGGUUUAUCAAGGGAUCACACGCAGAUCUGCAGGGGCCAGGAAUAUAACAAAGACUUUGGGAGCAUGGGAGAGGUAACCUUGAGUAUCUGCAUCACCUGAUGGCAGUCAAGAUUAAACAGAGGACUGUGCCAGUGAAAAGAGAGUUGAUGAAUGGCCCAGGAGACUGUGGUUUUGUUCCUGUGCCUCAGAAAGGAUCUAUCACCCUGCCCCCACCUGGUCCCAGAGGUGCCCUUACUACAGAUGGCGAGGGAGCACACCGCACUCAUCACUGACCUUGAGUGCUCAGGUGCAGGCAGGGAUGACAACGGUGGGAUGGUGCACUUGCAGCUGACGGAGUUAUGCUAGAACUUGGAGUUCACCUGCAAGGGAGAUGCUGACAUCUCCCUUGCAGAGGAUCACUGUGGGCCUCAGGUUCCCAAGUAAGGCACAGGUCAUGUGCAGUCCUGGCUUCGGAGCACCAUGUGAGGCUUGAGUGGGUUCUAGGAGGCAAUGAGUGGCACCAGACCUUCUGGUAGCUUCAUGCUCAGGUCCUCGACUAUGUGGUGGGAGGACAAAGCAGGUGGUGGUGAAUGGCCCCCAAGUGUCCCACCUGCCACCCCAGCUUUUGAGCUUCAGGGGCACCCUGGAGACCCAGCUUUGUGGAACCACAAAGAUCUGGGCCAGAUUUUCAGAUGCAGGCAGCUGUGGGGGUACCCGCUGCACUGAUUCCUAAAGGCUCUUCCUGUGGGACUCCCCACUGCCCAGCCUGCACCCACUCCAGGAGUUCUCAGCCCGAACAGAGGUUUACUUUUUUACAUUUUCCCAGACUAGAAGGUCCUUUCCAGCCCCCACUUGUCAGAUCUGGGUACCUAGUAUUUCCAACUUACCCAGACCCUACAUUAGCUUUGCUUCUGUGUCUUCUCUGUCCCAUUCGGCCCCUAACCCCUAAUUCCCGUUUACUGAUUAUCCACUUGUAACCCCUGCUGUGCCUGAUGGACGAGGCACUCUCUUCGAGCCUGCGGCAGCAGAUGUCCUAGAGUCACAAAAACAUGAAGUGUUACUCUGCCAUUUGGGAGCCCUGUGACCUUGGGAAAGUUACCUUUUUUUUUUUUUUUUCUGAGACCCAUUUCCUCAUUUGUAAAAAAAGGACUAACAAGAACUGUUCCUUUCAAAGGAAUAAUGAGUAAAGGGCUCAGCAUGCAGUUACUAUUCAAUAAACAUUCAUUCUUUUCUUUC